AAACGAAAGGACACAAAGCGAACUCGAAGCGAUGCGGGGAAGGGGACCGGCGUCGCCGAGUCAUCCCGCCCGACGCGUUACCCGGCGUGCCCUGCGCGGCGCCGGCGGCGUGGGGGAGGGGGUGGAGGAAGCCGCGGCGGUGCGGAUGUCGCGACGGGAGAUCUGCGCCUGAGCACCGGCGGCUGCGAGCGCCCGCGCCGGCCUGUGCCGGGAGCCCGCCCGAGGUCCGCGGCCCCCUGGGCGGCUCUGCACCCGUUACCACUGAGGCCGUGUGUCCUGCACUCCCCGCCGCCCGGACCGGCCGGCUCCGGCGUCUUCUGGCUCCCGUUCGCUCAACCCGCUCCCUCCUGCUCGCCUGAGUCACCGCCGCCGCCAUGGCCGAGAGUGGAGAAAGCGGCGGCCCUCAGGGCUCCCCGGACAGCGCGGCCGAGGGUGCCGGCGCCCCCGCGGCCGCCGCCGCCGAGCCCAAGAUCAUGAAAGUCACGGUGAAGACCCCGAAGGAGAAGGAGGAGUUCGCCGUGCCCGAGAACAGUUCCGUCCAGCAGUUCAAAGAAGAAAUUUCUAAACGUUUCAAAUCACAUACUGAACAACUUGUAUUGAUAUUUGCUGGAAAAAUUUUAAAAGAUCAGGAUACUUUGAGCCAGCAUGGAAUUCAUGAUGGGCUUACUGUUCACCUUGUCAUCAAAACUCAAAACAGGUCUCAAGACCAUUCAGCACAGCAAACAAACACCACUGGAAGCAAUGCUACCAAUUCAACUCCUAAUAGUAACCCCACAUCUGGUUCUGCUACCAGCAAUCCUUUUGGUUUAGGUGGACUUGGAGGACUUGCAGGUUUGAGUAGCUUGGGUUUGAAUACUACCAACUUCUCUGAACUACAGAGCCAAAUGCAACGACAACUCUUAUCCAACCCUGAAAUGAUGGUCCAGAUCAUGGAAAAUCCCUUCGUCCAGAGCAUGCUCUCCAAUCCUGACCUGAUGAGGCAGUUAAUUAUGGCCAAUCCACAAAUGCAGCAGUUGAUACAGAGAAAUCCAGAAAUUAGUCACAUGCUUAAUAAUCCAGAUAUAAUGAGACAAACAUUGGAACUUGCCAGGAAUCCAGCAAUGAUGCAGGAAAUGAUGAGAAACCAGGACCGAGCUUUGAGCAACCUGGAGAGUAUCCCUGGAGGAUACAAUGCUUUGCGACGCAUGUAUACAGACAUUCAGGAACCAAUGCUGAGUGCUGCCCAAGAGCAGUUUGGUGGCAAUCCAUUUGCUUCCUUAGUGAGCAGUACAUCGUCAGGUGAAGGUAGUCAGCCUUCUCGUACAGAAAACAGAGAUCCAUUACCCAAUCCAUGGGCUCCACAGGCUUCCCAGAGUUCAUCAGCCUCCAGUGGCUCCACUAACACUGUGAGUGGCACUACUGGCAACACUACCAGUGCCACUGCUGGGCAGAAUACUGCUGGACCAAAUUUAGUGCCUGGAGUAGGAGGAGCUAGUAUGUUCAACACACCAGGAAUGCAGAGCUUGUUGCAGCAAAUAACUGAAAACCCACAACUUAUGCAAAACAUGUUGUCUGCCCCGUACAUGAGGAGCAUGAUGCAGUCACUAAGCCAGAAUCCUGACCUUGCUGCACAGAUGAUGCUGAAUAAUCCCCUAUUUGCUGGAAACCCUCAGCUUCAAGAACAAAUGAGACAACAACUCCCAACUUUCCUACAACAAAUGCAGAAUCCUGAUACAUUAUCAGCAAUGUCAAAUCCUAGAGCAAUGCAGGCCUUGCUACAGAUUCAGCAGGGUUUACAGACUUUGGCAACCGAAGCCCCCGGCCUUAUCCCAGGAUUUAAUCCUGGCUUGGGGGCAUUAGGAAGCACUGGAGGUCCUUCAGGAACCACUGGAGCUAACACUGCACCUAGUGAAAAUGCAAGCCCCACAGCAGGAACUACUGAACAACCUGGACACCAGCAGUUCAUUCAACAAAUGCUACAGGCUCUGGCUGGAGUAAACCCACAGCUACAGAAUCCAGAAGUCAGAUUUCAGCAACAACUGGAGCAGCUCAGUGCAAUGGGCUUUUUGAACCGCGAAGCAAACUUACAAGCCCUAAUAGCAACAGGAGGUGACAUCAAUGCAGCUAUUGAACGGUUACUGGGUUCCCAACCAUCAUAGCAGAAUUUCUGUAUCUUGGAAAAAAAUGUAAUUUAUUUUUGAUAACGGCUCUUAAAUCUUUAAAAUACCUGCUUUAUUUCAUUUUGACUCUUGGAAUUCUGUGCUGUUAUAAACAACCCAAUAUGAUGGCAUUUUAAGGUGGAGUACAGUAAGAUGUGUGGGUUUUUUUCUGUAUUUUUCUUUUUUGGAACAGUGGGAAUCAAUGCUUUUUCAUUUAAGGCUACUGCAUGCAUUAAACACUUCUGCAUUUAUUGUAAUUUUUUUUAAAAAACACCUUUUAUAAUUGGGUGAACAGAUUUUUGUCCUGCAUCUGUCCAAUUUAUUUGCUUUUUAACAUUAGCCUAUGGUAGUAAUUUAUGUAGAAUAAAAGCAUUAAAAAAGAAGCAAAUCAUUUGCGCACUAUAAUUUGUAGUAAAAUAUUGCUUAUUGUGACUUUGGCAUGUAUUUUUGCAAUGCUGUAAGAUUUAUACUAUUGACGAUUUUUUUCUUUGUAUACAAUACAGUAUGCACAUUUGGGAUUGCAUUUCUAGAAACAUAAUAGGUUAUAUGAGCAAAAACACCUGUAACCAAAAAAGUAAAGAUAAGGAAAUACUCCCAAGUAUUUCCUAGUUGUAUAGAAUCUUACAGCAUCUUUGAUAAACAUCUCUCAGCAGAAGUGCCAGUCAGGUUUGUUGAAAAUAAGGAAAAGCUGAUUCUGGUUAUCUGUUAUAGGACAUUUAAUUGUGUAGACAACAUAAUGUAACUUUGUCUCAGCAUUCACAGAUUGACUGUAAAUUACCUUAAUCUCUGUGCUUACUGAAGGAGCACUGUAGUAUACCCCAAAAUGCAUUUGCCUAGGACUUUUCAGCUUCUCCCAUAGGUAGUUUAAUAGGCAUUACAAUUUGUAAUUGAAAUGUUGCUUUCACUGAAAGUGUUGAUGUUUCAGUUUUUAAUUGCCACAUAAAAAUAGAACUAUCUUUUGGGUUUAUCAGUUUUCUCAUGUACAGGCAAUACAUGAAUUUAAAAUGAUUUGUGAGCCAAUUGUUUCUGAAGUGUUUGGAUAGUUCUAAGAAAUAGUUAAAUAUUGUGCUUUUCAGAUCCUCAGAGAAGGGUGAAUGGGGGAGGGGGGGUAAGACGGAAUCUAUCUUGGAUUGGGCCAGCCUAAACUAAAUAAUACUGGCAGCCAAGAUUCUGUUAGGAUUUUUGUGCAUAUAGUGUAGUAAUGAAGUAUCAUUCGGGGUGAAAAACAAAGAGCCGUUUAAACAAUGUUGAGUACAUUUGGCUAAUCGCCUUUUUCUUCCUUUCCCAAAGAAGUUCUGUUUGUCUAACUCUCAAAUUGUUGGGGUGGUACAUUCCUUUAGGACCAAUUAAAACAUAACUUUAGGGUCAGAAAUAUAUUUGGCUGACUCUGGUUCAGUAUUCUCUUAGGUCAUUAUAUUCUCUUGUGUACAGUUACAGGAAAAUUACAAUGUUAAAAUAACCUAAAAUGAAUUCAGACCAGUAAAAUCAAGGGAAAUACAAGUUGAAUUCCAUUACUUCUGUAAGUUGCUUGCUUCUAAAAAAAGGUCAGGAGGCCAGGUUGCCCACCAGUGCAUUCACUGUUUAGACACUUUCCCCAAGAGGAAAGCAUGUACGAAGGUCAGGGUGGAGGCAUGCUUAGAGGAGGUUGUUAUGGAUGGAAUUCAUGUGUCUUUGCUAGACUUUUGUACUGGUGAAUGGUGGUGUACAGUGUGGGACAGUGUCAUAACCAAUUUGAUGAUUUAUUAAUCACAAAAUAACAAUAAAUCUCUAGCUUUCACAACUUGA